GGCUUCCUUCCCACCAUCCAUGUCUGUAGGCCUGGGUUAAUGAAUGCUUGUCAUCAGGUUAUGGGGGGGGGAGGGUGAGUCACCGCACUAGUAACCAAUCCCUCCUUGUCCUCUGACAAUCAGGCCACACUUCUGCCUUCCAGUUACUCUCCACCUUCCUUGUACUCCUUAGCCCUGCGGGGAGCCCAAAAGCCAGGCCAUCCCUACAUUAAGCCACCGGUCAAUAGUGAGAAAGGAAACAACACAGUGACGUAUAAAGCAGGACUGCCUCAGGACUCAGCCCGCUGGGAGGCCCCUAGAGGAAUUUCCAAUUCUCUACUAUUGGCCCUGGGCGUUGGCAGAAGUGGCUGCCCCGAUCCUGGCAUUCGGAUGCUGCAAUUACCCAAAAGCAUGAAACCCAGCUUCCUAUGUGACUGAGUCAGCUAAAGACAAAAACAUACCGAGGCUGCCACACACCAGCCCGAGCAGCCAAACCACUAAUCAGGAGCUGGGAGGCACCAGCCUCAGAGAGGGAGCAGCCCCACACCUGCCGGGUAGGAGCAGAGGCCAGAACCGACGGAGUGGGGACCCAACUCAGUGCUGCUCAAGCCACGGCCUGCCUCCACCGGAGGCCACACGAGGCCGUUGUCAUCAGAAGCUCUACGUCUGAUCCACCAGGGCGCCCCACAGCCUCUCACUCCAGUAAGUGCUUCUUCCCCUCUGGGUCUUCUCCCUUGAGAUCGCGAGGACCCACGCGGCUCCCUGCCUAGGGAGCCUCCCUCCCAGCUCUGCCUUCUCCUCAGUGGGACAUCUUCCCACAACUUUCAGGGGCUUGUGUGCUAUCAGGUGCACUGGCAAGGGCCCCGGCUGGACAGAGCCACGGAGGCUGCAAGCAGGAGACCCAGGGGGCCUCUGCCCACUGCCCCAGGUGGUCUCCCCACGCCUCCCUAGUGGGGAUCAGCUGCCUCUGAACCUCUGAGAGUCAGUCCAUCUCCAGGCCACGAGACCCUGAGGGCCCACAAGGUGGCCUGCUUUCCUUAGUCCCAUGGAGACGUGGCGGAAAGGAUCCUUCCGCAACAAUUCUUUCUUCAAACGUCUGAGCCUCGGGAGACCCCGGCGACUCCGACGGCAAGGCAGCGUGCUCAGCCAAGCCAGCACUGCGGGGGGAGACCACGAGGAAUACAGUAACCGGGAGGUCAUCCGGGAGCUUCGAGGAAGGCCGGAUGGCCGCCGCCUGCCUCUGUGGGGGGAUGAGCAGCCCAGAUCCACACUGCUGGCCCCUCCCAAACCCCCCCGCCUCUACCGGGAGAGUACCAGUUGUCCCAACAUCCUAGAGCCCUCGCCUGCCUAUGCUGCUGCGUACUCCGCCACCCUGCCCUCAGCCAUCUCCCUGGCUGGAGCACUACACGAGUACUCUGAGGAGGACUCCCUAGAGGCCCCGCCCCUCCAGGAGCCACCUGCCGAUGUUACUGACCCCUUCUUCUCCUUCAAAGUGGACCUAGGGAUUUCACUUCUUGAGGAAGUUCUACAGAUGCUGAGAGAGCAGUUUCCCAGGGACCCAUGGGCCUAAAUGGGGUGAGAGGGAUGGGGACGGGGGAUAGAAGAGACGAGACUGAGGGGAGAUGGCUGAGUUGCUGACCAAUAAAGGCCAUGUCUGUGCUUUAUCCCCGCUUGGUGAAGCAGGUGAAGAGGGCAGGGAGAGGGAGAAGAACCAGCGCCAGCCUCAUCCCAGACUUGAGGAACUGGUCCUCCUCCUCCCACGGGGUGCAGUGGGGCAAGUAAGGAAUGACUUCCUGGACAGGAGGACGAAGGGAAGGCUAAGGCAGGGUGGGACAGAAAAGCAGCUCCUUCCGACCACAAGCCAGACAAAGCAGGCAGCCAGCAGCACAGAAGGUGGCAGAGGGAGCAAUCGGGAGAUGUGGCAGGAGUGUGGCAGGCGGAGGAACGAGACAGAGGCCCAAGACCAGCCUUUGGGCAGGGGGGACAAGGCAAGCACUGUGCUAAGUACUGCCCAGGACAGAACAGAAGGGGAAGGUGGAGAGCUCCACCAUGGGAGACACAGGGUAAAAAAAGUCAUGUGUGCAUGUGCUGGGGGGAAAGGGGGCUCUGACGCUAGAGGUGAAGGAGGGACAGCAGGGGAGGCAGGAAGAAAGAGAGGGAGACCCAAUAGGGAUGUUUUGUAAAAAACACCAAAUCCUGAGCAGAACAGGGGAGCCUGGAAUAGUGCCCCAUGAUAGCAAUGGACUUUAGUGACUAAAUGGUGAGAUGGGAAGGUAUGGGCAGUGGCACCAAAGACAUCAAAUCAGAUUCAGGGCAGAAGAUACAACAGGCAGUCCUCAGAAUCACGAGCUUGGGACCAGCGGCUACAGAUACUCAGUCAAGGUGCUUGGCACAAGGCUCCCGGAAGCACCGCUGAAAGAAGGGGGAGGAACUGAUUCACACUCUCUUCCCAGGGCCUAGAAAAGAUGAGGGGGGAGGAAGAACUCCUUGUCGUGGCCCUGGAUGGAGAGAUGGACUCUCGGCUGGUGCCUGGCAGAGCUACCGCUGAUCUCACGAUGCCCAGCUAGGACUGAGGAGCUGCCGGCACCUGCCCUGCCAUCUUAAAACAGGCUCCUUGGACUUGGGCCACAAGACAAAGCCCAGGGCCAUGGCCAGGGAACUGGAACCAGAGACCACAGGACAGUCCCCCUCUAACACUAGAUGGGCCUGUGCUAUACCCCAAAACCGGCUUGUGAAAGAAAAGCAAAAGAAAACUUAAGGGACUCCUCCUCUUGUCUUGUGACCUUUCACACUAGUGCCCUAAGCUGAGGGGACCUUUGUGAAUGCCAGAAAUAAUAAAAACAGACAAUACUGGCACAUCAAGGAUUUACAGGCCAGGGAAUAACGUCCCAUUUCCUGGGUGAGGGGCACAGAAUCAGCCUCUCUCACUGCUGGGCUGGUAUGGAAUAGCAGAGGUAACUGACCUGGCGGCUGCCUAAGGAGGACUGGCCUUUGAUCCUUAGGGUACAGCUGGGGCCAACAUAUUGAGGAGCCCAUCCAUUUCGCCAUGGUGUAAGUCCAGGGGACACCAAAGGCUGGACACAACCUUUCUCUUCUUACUAUAUCCUAGCCCAUCCCAAAUCCUCGGUGUAUUUCCUGAGUUUAGAUACUCUGACCCUAGCAUAUGAUGGACAGGUUUCAUUCCCUAUAUUAAAUGUAAAUUUCUAGGGCAAGAGGACCAUGGCACUGCUUCCUUUACUUAAAGCAAGAAACACUAGCACAAUCACAGGAGCUCAAUGAACGUUCUUUGGCCUCCUCCCAAGAACAAGAGUCAGGGAAACUGGAGGGAGCUUCUGACUUCCCUCCUGGAUCCCUUGCACAUGCAGUGAGCAGGGUGGCCAAAGACAGCGUUCCGGGAGAAGGAACUUUAUCUCUUACGCAGAAGUCAGUCUAUUCCUCUAAGGCAGGGGUUCUCCAAAUGUGGUCUGGAGACCCUUGAGGUAAAAACUUUUCAUAAUCAUGCUAAGUUGUUUUAAUUCCUAAUAUGGUGAAUAUUGGUGGCUGUUAUGCAAACAAACGCUCUUUGGGGGGAAAGGAGAAGGUCCUCAGUAAUUUUAAGAGUGGCAAAGUGUCCUGUGACCAAAAAGUUUAGAGUGUUACUUUAUGAGAGUCAAGGAGGCACGUAACAAGACAGAGGAGGAAGCAGAAAACAGGUUCCCUAAGACUCCUCCUCCCUCCCAGAAACACUAGGUCUAAGUCUCAGAUACUGCAAUAGCCUCCUCGUUGGUUUUUCUGCCUCAAUUUGCUUCCCUCUCUAAUUCAUCCUCCACACAACUGCAAAAAGGCACUUUCCAAAAGUGCAGGUCUGACCCUUCCCCACUCAGUAAACUCCAGGGCUCACUAUUGCCCCUGGAUAAAAUAUUACUUCAUUGUUAUCUAAUCCUUUUUAAAUGUCAAAUUUAUGUAAGGUGUGUAUAUGUGUGUAUGUGUGUGUGAUUAUCAGUUCACUGACCCAUGUACCUAAUUUCAAGUAAGUAAACAUAUUUGUGGGGAGUGCAUAAACAAAGAAUUUUUUAUUGUUAGGGGUAUGUGAGCAGAAAAAUUUAGAAAGCACUGGCCUAUGACAUCCAAGAAAAGAAAAAUUAGCAGAAUGAAGCGCCCUUAAUAAUAUUUAUGUAUCACAUGACAUACAACUCUCCUAAUAAUUAUGUACAUUAUAAAACACACAAAAAUAAAAGUCAAAUCUAUUGGAAAACCACAGCAAGAGAAAAAAGUUAAGCACUGAAAGACCAUCAGUCCCAGUCUGCACCGCUCCUCCCAAAUGAACCUUAUUCCGAGUAUAAAAGGGACCCUGAGAAAGGCUGGAGCAGCCACUUCUCCGUUUUUCCCUGGUAGGCUUCCCAGCUCCCAGGCAGUGCCUAACCGAGUGCUCUCUGG